UCGUUCCGCCCGCUUGGAUGUACUAUGCAUAGCACCGAGUGGGGAGGGGGGGUUACUGAGAAAUACACAAUUGUAUAACAUUAUCACACUUUAAAGAUUGUCAAAGAUUUUAACCAGUUUGCACAAUGAACGGGAUUCUAGGAACCGCUGUCGUCCAGGUUACCAAUCUGUCCGCGUCCGUGAGCAGCGAGCAGAUGCGGACUCUGUUCGGUUUCCUCGGAGACAUCGAGGAGCUGCGGCUCUACCCGCCCGACAAUGGCCCUGUGUCUUUCUCCUCCAAAGUGUGCUAUAUAAAGUAUCGAGACCCCUCCAGUGUUGGUGUGGCGCAACAUCUCACAAACACUGUUUUUGUUGACAGAGCUCUGAUCGUGGUGCCAUGUGCGGAAGGGAGAAUCCCAGAAGAGGGCAAGGCCAUGUCACUUUUGGCCCCUGCAGCCCCGCCGGUACCCAGUCUGGUUCCUGGAGACGGACUGCUACCAAUUCCCACUCCAGCUCCGCUUCAGAACCUGAACCUUCCCGUCGUGAAUCGUGUGCAAGCUGCCGUGGAACCCGCAGCAUCGUCGUCGUCAUCGGCGAGCGCCCAGCAACCCCUCAUGGGAAAUGUGGAUCCCUCAAAAGUGGACGAGAUCAGGAGGACCGUCUACGUUGGCAACUUGAACUCACAGACCACCACUGCAGACCAGCUGCUGGAGUUCUUCAAGCAGGUGGGCGAGGUCAAGUUUGUGCGAAUGGCCGGAGACGAGACUCAGCCGACACGCUUCGCCUUCGUGGAGUUCGUGGAGCAGGAGUCCGUCGGCAGAGCCCUGACCUUCAACGGAGUCAUGUUCGGGGACCGACCCCUGAAGGUUAAUCACUCCAACAACGCCAUCGUGAAACCCCCCGAGAUGACAGCACAGGCCGCCGCGAAGGAGCUGGAGACUGUGAUGAAGAGGGUGCGGGAGGCCCAGUGUACCAUCGCCGCCGCCAUCGAUCCAGCCGACCUGAAGAAGAGCUCCCCCAGCCGGUCGAGGAGGUCGCACCGCUCCCCCUCGCCGUCGCGCUCCCGCUCCACAACGCAGAGGAAGCGGUCCCCGUCGAAACCGAGGUGCCCGACGAACACGCCGAGCUUACCGGCGCCGAAGGUGAGCCCGAAGACCGACGCCCACAAUCCCCGGAGCGCCCACAAGCGGCGCUCUCGCUCCCGAGACAAGAGACCAAGUCGGAGUCGCUCCAGGGGCCACAAGAGGAGUAAGGAGCGGUCCAAGAGCCCUCGGAGGAAAGCCAGAUCGCCCUCACCAAAAAGAGGCAGGAAAGACAAGAGGAAGGAGCGCAGCCGGGACCGAAAGGACCGCUCCACAUCCAGGAAGAGGAGCCGCAAGGACGAGGACCGGAUAAAGGCUAAGGCCAAGCCGAGGAAGGCGGAGAGGGGGGGCUCCGGCCGAGCGGCAAAGGAAGACGGCGGCAGCGAGGACGCGCUCAGCGAGGACACGACGUCGUCGCCGCGCCGACGGCACAACGGCAGCUGCAAGACUCGCAAUGCUGAGCGCGCGCCCACGGGCGCCGCCCGCUCCAAGUGAUUUGCCCUCGCGACGGCGUACGAACUCAACCGCGUCCCACCUCGGCGCCUACGGCGUGCGCAGAGACACCGGGCGAUAAACCACUCGCAUUAUCGCCGUGUUCCCCCCCCUCAGCGUCGUCAUCUCAUGACUUUUGUUUUUCUUUCUUUUUGUUUGGGCAACACGUGGAACCUGUGAUUCAGCUCCUGUUCGGCAAAGUGAGCCGAGACGGCCUCGCCGUUUCCUGUGGAGGAGAGCGGGCGGACGACAGGCGCUCAGGGUAUGACGGAACACUAAAGAGUAUAAUCACAAGAACUGGACUACACGCUUCCCCCCCCGGACACGCAUCCUGGAUUGCAUCACAUCACACGGUCAUCCUCCGCGCGUCACUCGCUUGAUGAAGCCCACACCGGUCGUUAUUCUUUUCCGUACAGACACUAAAACGCCGGAGACCUCCACAUGCAGACGAGCCGCAGAGCUCUUGGAACUCCUCUCGGAGGAGACGUCCCACAGGAGGAGCAGAGUUUAGAGUCGUUUCUCCAACAAUCUGAAGCUUGGAUUACCCGACGCCUCCAGUAGUUUCCCUUCAGUCGUCCAAAAAGCCUUCUUCUUUCUCCUAAAUGUUCAGUAUUUGUCAUACACACAUAUAUAUAUAUAUAUAUACAUCUUUUUUCAGUCUACAUGACCAGUAAUACAAAUGUUAUCUACGGUUGAGCGUUUUUUUAAAAAGUGUUUCCCUUCACGGCGUGAGAACCAGUGGGACAUGAGGGUGAUGCAUAUGAAGGUGGUUGAGCUUGUUUUAAUGCAGAGAUGUGAGCUAAUCGAAUCUGUUGGUCUGUGCACGGAUGUGGGCGCCUGAAGGCAACACAACAACAAGGCUUGGACUGGCAGCUAAUCGGGAUUGAAACAUAUUUCAAGCUUGACUUGCUUCUUCAGGCGUAUUUAGUACAUGUCCAAGAAACCCUUAUUCUGUUGGAUAUCUUCAUAAAUCAUGACUUGUCAGAUUUGGCAUCGGUUGAAUAUUAUACAAAGCAUUUAAUUGAAAAGAUAAAAGUAUGAAGCGUGCCAAUCAAAACUUAAGAUCUCCCCAACGAAGGAAGUGUAACUCAUCUCAUUAUCGCCUCAUGAGAUAAAACAUUCUGGUUGUCACGGCAACUUCCCGUAUUCUGCUUUUCUUUUUUUACCGAGGCAAGCAAAAUGGUACAUUGCACAUUUAAUGUAUCUUUUCUGCGUGUUGGAACUUAAGGGCCCGUCUCAGUAUGCAGGUGCAUUUAAAUCAGAAUGCAGUAAUUGCUCAUUUGUCCCUUUGUGUGCCGUCAGGAGACUAGAACCAUGCGAGGAGGGCUCGGUUCCCCGUUCUGCAGCAUUUGCUCCCGUCGUCUGGGAACUGGAACCUCCUGCAGAAAUGUCCACUGUUGAUAAUAAGACGUGGAAGUGCUGUAAUUAUGAGUGGAGAACGGUGUUCUGCCGUUUCCGUGAACCCCGUUGCUCACACCGUUGUUGUUAAAAAAAAAAAAUCUUUUAAAAAAGUUGCGUAAACCGUUCGUUCGACACGAAUCCAUCGUUUUACUUUCCGUUUUGGUUUUAUGGGUGUACAUUUACUUGCAUUUUUAUAUUUCCCAUUAGUCACAAAGGAUGUUUCCUGUUAUUGUUGUAAUGCUGUGAGAUAAAAUAAUAAUUACUGUUUUUAUAGAUGCGAAACAAGCCUGAACUGUAAAAGAAGAAAUGCUGGUGUACAAAGUGUCUGUCUGCUCAUAUUCCUCAACGUGAGACGUGUCACCGGUCAGAUAACGGCUUGCAGCACAGACGGGUCAGAAGUGCCUCGACUCAGAUUGUACAGAAUAUUGAAAUAGAAAUAUGGAGACUUAUUGACAAAUGCGACCUGAAUUUAUUGUUUAGGAUGUUAAAUAGCUGAAACUAAUGUUAUAUUUAAGUAUCGUCGGCCGUCUUUAGUAAUCAGUAAAGUAGCUUUCAUGGGACUUUUGUGGAUUUGGUCUUUUUUGUUGUUUUCAGUUUCGUUUCUUUGUCAUUUUCUGGUGUUGCAGGUUCGGUUGUCAGUAUUGUGAUCGUGUCAAAAAAAAAAUUGUAUCCGCAAACAUUUAAGAUUAGUGUUUCUUUUCUUAAUGUUUGAUAGGGAAAAAAAAGUUUUAAAUUCCACCGAAUGGCUUUUACGAACCGAUUUCCUUUUCUUUUCCUGUUUUGUUGUUGUUUUUUGUUCAUGUACUAAAAGCUUCAUUUGAAGGCGUGACGUUGUGGUUAAGUUUAUAAAAAACAACAUUCAACACCACCAAUUUAGUUUUUUUUAUAUCCGCGUGUCCGCUGCGUACGGUCAACAACGUAGAACCGAUUGAUGGAGCGUCUGUCCGGGACUCGGUGUAAAGAUCCGGUAAAGCGGUUUCUGAAGAACUUGUGAAUGUGGUCCUCCUUUUGUUUGAAACUAUAGCGAUACAUCUGAUCAGUUUCCAUACAAACACUCAAUAAAGAGACUUUUCAUUCAG